GAGGAUAGAAAUACCUGAAAUUAAUGAUACAGAUUAACUUUGUGCUUUGUUUUAAACAGAAACGCUCUAGUAAAGGGUGUAAAUGGACAUCCGGAUAAACUUCAACCAAUCUGAAAUAUUGGAAAAGCCCUUCCUCUGUUAUGAGUUUAGUAACAGGUCUUGCCAAAAGUUUGUUCAUACAUUGGAAACGCGAAUAUUGUUCUACAUUCUUCUUAGUGCCUCUUCAAUAAUCACAAUCAUAGGAAACCUGCUGGUGAUCAUAACGGUCGUUCAUUUCAGGCAGCUUCACACACCGACUAACUACCUCAUCUUGUCUCUGGCUGUGGCCGAUCUCCUUGUUGGAGGAGUUGUUAUGCCUCCCAGCAUGCUGCGCUCCAUCGAGACCUGCUGGUAUCUGGGAGAUUUGUUCUACAGAUAUUACGCCAUAUGUCACCCGUUCCAAUAUCACAGUAAAAUGACGUCGCUUGCCACAUUGGUUAUGAUUAUCAUCUGCUGGACUGUUUCGGCUGUUCUGGGCUUUGGCAUGAUCUUCAUGGAGCUGAAUAUUCUCGGUGUUGAAGAUUUUUACUAUGAGAACAUUAAAUGUGAUGGAGGAUGUACACUGUUUCAGAGUAAAACCAUAGCAAUUGUGUACUCGCUGAUCUGUUUUUAUAUUCCUGCUUUAGUCAUUCUCUGUGUGUAUCUUAAAAUCUUACAUGAAGCUCAGCGGCAGGUUCAGGCCAUCCAGAGUGUGAAUUCUGAACUGAAGAAAGAGGGAAAAGCCAAUAAGACUUUAGCCAUCAUCAUUGGAGUGUUUCUGACUUUGUGGGUUCCUUUUUUCCUCUGUAAUCUCAUUGAUCCAUUCAUUGGUUACUCUGUUCCUCCGCUGCUGUUUGACUUGUUCUAUUGGAUCGGAUAUUAUAAUUCCACCUGUAAUCCCAUAGUGUACGCCUUCUUUUACAGCUGGUUCAGACAUGCUUUCAGAGUCAUUCUGUCCAAAGCAAUAUUUCAGACAAAUUCUUCAAGAACUGUGCUGUUGUAAAAUUAAACAUAAUGUAGCAAUGGUUACUGAUGUGUAAUUUUCUGAUUAGUAAAUAUUGCAGUUGAAUUAUUUUAAUUUUUGCACUGUAUGUGUUUUCUAAAAUAAAUAUUCUAAACUAAAAAAA